GAUACCUAAAUUAUUUAUAAUGGUGAAUAUAACAUUAAUGGUAAGAAGGUAGGUAGAUGGGAUAUAAUUUUUGAGGGAGAGCAAAUGUAAAUAUUACAUUAGUAUAGGUACAUAAUAUAAAACGUUAGUGGUGGCGGAUCUUAUGGUGAGGAAGACCAAUGUUAAUUAAAGACCGGGAGUUGGGUAGAAUUGGAUGAAAAGUUUUUAUGGAAAUAUAAUGAGAUAGUCCAUAAUGGUGAAUUUAAUAUGAAAGGUAUGAAAACUGGUACAUGAGUAUAAUUGGAUGUAAGAAUGAACUAAAAAAUAG